UGGAAAGCCCUCAAUGAAAAUCAGUUGACAGUUCAAAUUAAAGAAAAACGGCCUACCGGAAAUGUCCUCAGCCUGCUGCCUGUCAAGAAUUAGUAUCUUUCCCGAUGAACAAUGUUAGUUAUGCAUUUCCGUUUAUUUAUGAGAAAUACAUAGGCACAGCUUAUUCUGUACCAGAUGGUCAUACUCGCUUGUUUUCCAUUAUCUGUGUGUUAUCUGCUGCGCUUAGUCUUGUACUAAUCGAGUACCAGUCUCGAUUCUUUAUUUUUUUUUCAAAGUAGAUAAACACUAAGAAAAUCAAAAAUAUUAAGAUGGACGACUAACAACAGCUAAAAUAUCGAGAGAAUCAAAGCAACGUCAAACAAAAUAAUGGUAUCAGGGGAGAAUGAGACUGAGAAAACUUAGGAGAACCCACAACAGCGGUUGGAGAGUGGCCAGAAGAUGUGUGAUAUUUUUUACCGUUAUCUGUUUAGUCCCUGUGUUUUUGGUUUUCAUCGUGGCCACGGAUCACUAUAUCAGGCCGGUAAGGCCUAUGUCUUUUGGAAUGCGCAAACCUUUCACCGAAGACCGACAUAUUCCUUUUCACGACCUCAAAAACAAAAACCUUUCUGCGGUGGCGAAAAGACUGGAUUUUCGACAAAAAUACCUGAAGAAGACCUGUCGCAUUUUGGGCCUGGACAAGGUUGGAAACGAUUCCUUGCACAAACCGAACCCCUGGGAGUAUUUGAUCAACGACAAGCAUCAUUUGGUGUGGUGUAACGUUUUCAAAGCGGCCAGUACAUCUUGGAUGUACAACUUUAACAUUUUAGCUGGAUAUAGUCCGAAAUUUUUACGCAACAGUCGCACUCCGCCAAUGACAUUAGCGAGACAAAAAUAUGGCCGUCCAUCUUUAUCAGCUUUGAAAAGGUCUCUAAAUAGUUCCCUGUCUUUCCUGAUCGUUCGUCAUCCUCUGGAAAGGCUUCUAUCGGCUUACAGGGAUAAGAUACAGUAUGCCGUUCCCGGAUCGGUCCACAGAAAAUUAGGGAAAAAAAUUAUAUGGAAGUAUCGCAAAAAGACAGCUAGCGACAGUCCUGUUUAUCCGACUUAUCCAGAGUUCGUAGAUUGGCUUGUGGAUUCUGUUAGAACAGGUCAUUCCUUGGACAUGCAUUGGACACCUAUAGUAGAAUUUUGCACACCGUGCAUGUUUAAUAUUCAGAUAAUUGCUCACACGGAAACGCUAGAAGAAGACCAGGCGUUUUUGAUCAAGAAGGCCGGUUUAGAAAAAAUAAUCAAACCACAAUGGAAGAACGCUGGGAAAGGAUCAACUACCGCUCAAAUACAUAAGCAUUAUUCGCAACUAACUCGAUCUCAGAUUUUGCAACUCUAUCACAUUUACAGGUUCGACUUUGAAUUGUUCAACUACUCGUUAAACGGUUACUUAGAAUUGGGUCAGCCGGAUUCUGAUCCAUCCAAACUUCUAGCAGCAAUAACUAUGAAAGAUAAUAAUCCUAAUUCUGUACCGCAGAUAUAUUAGUUGUUUAAAUUGAUAAUAGUUGAAAAUGUUACUGUUACAUUGUUUAAUAAAAAGUUUAUUUAAAU